AUGGAUUCCUCCUUAGAAACAGACGCGGAUGUUUCAUGCAUCGACGCUGAGCCUUCAGUAUUUCCGGCAAAAAUCCCUAUAUCAGUUGAAGUUUGUCUCAAGGCAGAUUCAGAAGCUUCUUUUAGCGACGUCCGUGCAUCAAUCUACAGGUUGCUUGCGAAGAGGCAUCAAGUUUUCGCUAAUGGACCUCUUGUUCUCAAUCCGGGCGAAGAGCCAUACAUUGAUGACAACGUAGCUUCAAUUAACUUUGUGGACAUUGAUGAGCAAACUAUUGCGAAUCAGGUUAUUCUCUUCUGGCAAGUUGAUCUUCAAAUCAGCAUCUUCAAGUUGUGCCGAGGAGGCGCUGUUGAAGACACCGAACAAGAGCAAGAGGUUGCCUCGUUUGAAUCAUGGAACCUUCCGUCAGAGGAUUUCCAUGGUCUUUGGGAAAGUCUGGUUUAUGAUUCAGGAAUCAAGAACCGACUUCUUCGAUAUGCUGCAAGUGCCCUUCUGUUUUCAGAGAAAGGUGUAAAUUGUCAGCUUGUUUCUUGGAACAGGGUGGUUUUGUUGUUCGGACCACCUGGUACAGGAAAAACGUCUCUGUGUAAGGCACUGGCCCAGAAGCUGUCUAUACGUUUCAAAGAAAGGUAUCAGACAGCUCAUCUUAUUGAGGUGAAUGCGCACUCCCUCUUCAGCAAAUGGUUCUCUGAAAGCGCAAAGCUUGUGAGCAAGCUGUUCAGUCACAUCCAGUCCUUCGUGGAAGAUAGAAGCUCGUUGGUGUUUGUACUUAUUGACGAAGUUGAGAGCCUAGCUGCGGCUCGUCAGGCUGCUCUAAAUGGCUCAGAUCCCUCGGAUGCUAUAAGGGUCGUGAAUGCAUUGUUGACUCAGCUUGAUAAACUGAAGCAACAUCCCAACGUCAUGGUUCUGACGACUUCGAAUCUGACACAUGCCAUUGAUCUGGCGUUCAUUGACCGAGCUGACAUUAAGGCAUUUAUUGGACCACCGUCACUGCAAGGACGUUAUAAUAUGCUGCAUUCGAGCUUCUGCGAGCUUCAACGAGCUGGGAUUGUUGAAGAAGUGGAGGGCAACACUGUCUAUCCGUCCACUUACAACGAACUGAUGCUGAGCGAUUGUGAUAGUGAGGACAUGGGGAGUAGUAAGGGUGUCCACUUAGGGAAGAAGCUUCUCGAGGUCGCUAAGGCGUGUGAGGGACUUAGCGGGCGAAUUUUAAGGAAACUUCCUUUCCUGGCCCAUGCUACAAGCAACUUACCUGGUGCUUGCUCAGCUGACAGCUUUAUUGACAAGCUGCAGUCAGCUGUGCAGAAGGAGCUGGAAGACAGGAACAACAUGUCUGCGAGGUAG